AUGGCAAAUUCCUUUUCCGGAGAUGCCAAAGCACAAACUGCAGUUGAUUCACAUCUCUUUUUGAUGUUUUCAGCAGGCUGGGCAGUUUUCAGCUUAGCAACGAAAGCGAUCUCAUUUCCGAAGAUGGUUUCGCUCUUUUUUGAGCGCGAACAUCGCUUUCAUUAG